CAGUCUGGCUGCGGCCGGGGUCUCGGAAACCAUGGGUUAUUGCGGUGGCAGGUGCACGCUUAUCUUUAUCUGUGGCAUGCAACUGGUUUGUGUGCUGGAGAGGCAAAUAUUUGACUUCCUUGGAUAUCAGUGGGCACCUAUCCUGGCAAAUUUUGUACAUAUUAUUAUCGUCAUUCUUGGUUUAUUUGGAACCAUUCAAUAUAGACCUCGUUACAUAACAGGAUAUGCUGUCUGGCUAGUCCUCUGGGUUACGUGGAAUGUGUUUGUUAUCUGCUUCUAUUUGGAGGCUGGGGACCUCUCAAAGGAAACAGACCUUAUCCUGACUUUUAAUAUUUCAAUGCACCGAUCUUGGUGGAUGGAGAAUGGACCGGGAUGUAUGGUGACAUCAGUGACCCCUGCCCCAGACUGGGCCCCAGAAGACCAUCGCUACAUCACGGUCUCAGGGUGUUUUCUGGAGUACCAGUACAUAGAAGUGGCUCAUAGUUCCCUCCAGAUUGUCCUCGCACUGGCAGGGUUCAUCUACGCCUGUUAUGUUGUGAAAUGUAUAACUGAAGAAGAGGACAGCUUUGAUUUCAUAGGUGGCUUUGACUCUUACGGCUAUCAGGGGCCUCAGAAGACAUCUCAUUUACAGCUGCAGCCGAUGUACAUGUCAAAAUAACACAAAUGGCUUCAAUACAUCAGCUCCUGGACCUUUCAAAGAACUUGUUUUGCGGUGGCCUCCUGCAUUUUUUGAAGAGCAAGAAGCAACGAAGUUUAAUACAUGCUAACAAAACAUAAAGCCUCCACAUGCACUGGGAGGGACACGCGCACACACACGCACGCACACACCGGCACACACCAAUUCUCCUUGGCCUCCUCUUUCUAUCUUAAACAGACAAACCUGCAGGCCGCGCCCCUCGUGGAUUUCCUGAACGCAGGCUGCUUUCUCCCAGGUCUCUGCAAAGUUCACAAGGAGACGCGUUGGCGCCCUCUGCUGGCCGUCACUAACUCCUCUACAGCCCAGCCGGGCGGCCUCGGCCGGCUGCGAAGUCAUCCAGGGCACGGUCUGCCCUCCAUAUGUCUUGAUAGCACCAGGGCCAUGUAGGCAAUGUAAUUGCAAAAACACACACACAAACAUGCCAUGAUGACCUUGUAGCCGAAGUCUGAAACGGCAGGUGUUUGCCCUAAAGGCUGUACCGUACAUACUUGCCUUAACCCACCUAAGUUGUGCGCCUGAGAGUCCUCAGUGCAGACAUCCCCAAGUCACCUCCUUUAGGCUAACACACUGCUGUUAAUUCCAAAUGAGUUCGAGUCUGUAUGCGUGUCAUGUCAAGAAACAGGACUGCAUAGUUCAGCAGCUCCAGUGUGUCUGUGUAUGAAAACUGCCAACUGUCAGCCAAGUGCUUUUACCAUUGAGCCUCCACCGUGGCCAAAAAGAGACAAGUAACAGUAACAAAGUAAUAAUCGUCAUCUUUAUAAUUCUUCAACAAGGUCUUCUGAGGGGGUUGGGUGGGACAAAGCAAAACAUAUUAAUCUACUAAACUCAUUAAUCUACGGGGAAGCAGAGAACAGAAAUGGCUUAACUCACUGAUUUUAUUUAUUGCACUCUAGGUGCUUUUAUAAGUAUCUACAAAUGUCUUUUACUAACACAGAAACAGCUGUGGAUUUCUAUCAACAGAGGCCAACUGAAUAUGUAUUAGCUAUGUUUACUCUUU